GACCCACCAUCACAAGAGCCAUCGCAUUGAUCMAUUGUGAUUCGGAGAGAACGCCCUGCUCCGAGUCGAGAAACAAGAUCAAGAAUGACGACAGGGAGCAUGCUUCGUGGAAGAAUGCUUGGAGCAGAGCUUGCUCACAGCGAUGCUUUGCGAUACUUGACAACCUACAAUAACUCCACGGUUGCAGACAGCGAGAGYGAUACCUCGAAURUCAUGAACACGGCAAAAGACUAUGCUAGUAGGAUCAAAACCGCAACUUCCGACCUGACCAGUACGCAUCCCAGGGAUUGGACGCAUGACCAAUACCUCGGUGUAGUCACGGGCUUCGUGGCUAUAUGGACAUUGCUCCUCUUGCUUUGUACCUGUCGAAAAUGCUGCGAUAGACGACGCAAAAWCCAGCGGAAAAGCGUAGACGACUCUUACAUGAACAUGAGCUUUGCCGACAACAAACAAGCACUCCUUAACCAGCACCGAUCUGGUCCCUACAAAUACGACAUGGUUCGGCCACGCGUCGUGCGUGGAACCGCAACCGAUGCCGGUGGCAUCGCGAGCGUCGAAUCUCCUAGUGGCUAUGAUUAUGAUGCAAUGGAUCCCAAUCGAUUGCCGAUGGGAGCUCGCUUGCACGGAGCCAAUAAGCUCCGCUCSGACGGAUUGUCGGGAAGGGGGGUGCGGGUAGCCAUCAUCGAUUCCGGUGUCGACCACACCCAYCCCGGACUCCACGACAAGGUUCGGACCAAKCGUUGGUUUCGCCACGGGACAUCUCUCCUGGAAGACGAUCACGGAACCCACGUGGCCGGAACCAUUCACUACGUAGCUCCCGAGGCCGAGUUGUUCGAUUACCGCGUCUUUGGCAAGGACGGAGACUUUACGGGAGACGUGGCCAUUGCCAAGUCCAUCCGAUCAGCGGUCGACAUCGACAAGUGUCACGUCAUCAACCUUUCGUUGCGGUGCUCGUAUCCGGUAUUACCGGCAAUCACCAAGGCCGUACAAUACGCCAAACGCAAGGGUGUUCACAUGGUAUGCGCGGCCGGCAACGACGGAGACGGCAACGGCAACACCGACGAGCUCUAUACAUUCCCCGCCCAAUUCGACGAGACCAUCAGUGUCGCUGCCGUCCGCAAGGAGGCCGGUCUACCACCCGCAAACUUCAGCGAGUCCAAUGCAAAAGUAAGCUUUUCGGGCAUUGGAAAAGAUGUGAUAUCUCUCAAGCCCGGAGGAGGUCACCAGAUCAUGUCGGGGACCUCUAUGGCAGCCCCGCACGUGACAGGCUUGAUUGCCUGCCUCUUGUCCGACGAACCGACGAAAUAUACCGAUUACCAGCUCCGCAAGUUGCUUCGAGAGAAGCACACUGUUGACAUAGCCGAAAAGGGAUUCGACAAGCAGACGGGUGCGGGAUUUGUGACCUACCUGGYAGCAGAACAAGGAGAAGACGAAGAAAGCAAUAGCCUCUUUGAUUUGUUAGCUCUGGUGUAGAAAAAAAAGCUAAAAAUAUCUUCGGCAUCGAUUCGUGUUUCUAUUCAGUGCGGUUGCACGAAAAAUUUUCCUUAUUUUGGAAAGAAAGUGAUUAUCUAUGCUGCCACACUCGAUACUCGUGAAAGGAUGAGGUCAAGAGCUUGACAAACGACUGCAAUGUUUGAAUUCUCGUGUUCUUUUGGGGGAGGGRAAAUCCUCUUCAGCAAUCAUGACCAUAGUAGAUUUAUUUUACUUUAAAUUGU